AUGCUCUUCCAUACCGCACACCUCUCGGCAUAUCUGGUCUUCUCAUAUGGUCUAGGUAGAGAAGUACAGGCACAAUUUGAUCUUGGUACCGCAUCUUCGUUUCUUGUUAUAGCGAGCUCAGCGAUCACCAAUACUGGAUCCACAAUCAUUGACGGUCAAAUUGCUGUCUUCCCAAACAACGCCAGUUCGGUCACCGGCUUUCCAUCCGGGACUGUCAUCGCCAGCAGCGAUAUCUCCAGCCGAGCCAAAGAAGAUGCUCGUGCUGCUUAUAUUGCUGCUCGGUCCUUGUACCCGACAAAAGAUAUCACUGGACAAGAUCUCGGAGGUCAACUGCUUACGCCCGGGACUUACUUCGCUUCGUCAUCCGUAGGCAUUACCGGGGCUCUUAUUUUGGACGGAAAAAAGGUUAAAGAUGCACAAUUUGUCUUCCAGAUCGGCUCGACCCUUAAAACCGCGAAAUCUUCGAGCUUGGUCCUCAUCAACGGCGCACAAGCCUCCAAUGUAGUCUGGCAAAUUGGUUCUUCGGCUACGCUCGGUAUUGGAACAGCUUUUCAGGGCAACAUCAUCACCCAAGAUUCAAUCACCUUGGUCACUGGCACCACUGUCAAUGGCGGACUAUACGCGUUGACAGGCGCCAUCACGCUUGAUACCAACCGAAUCACUGCACCACAGAGGUCUUCGCAACAGCCGACACGAAAGAAUCCAACUUCGACAUUCACAUCUCAUUACUCCAACCAUUUCGCCUGA